AUGGUCCUCGAAAGCGAAGAUGAAGCAUUGUUGUGCAAAUUAUUCCCAUCUAGCCUGUCGAGGUCGGCUUUGACCUGGUUCAGGAAGUUGAAGCCGAAGUCCAUCGGUAGCUUCACUGAGCUUUGUGAGGCUUUCAUAUCCCAAUAUGUAUGCAACCAAAUAAGGAAGAAAGACAUCACAGUGUUGUUUAGCACAAAACAGAAGGCAUGUGAGAGUCUAAAAGAUUAUCUGAAGCGUUUCACGGAGGAGAUGUCGACUCUAGAGACUUAUGAUUCUCACACUGCGUCACUGGCAUUUCGCGAAGGGGUGACGUCGAGAACAAAAAUGCACAAGUCCUUGGUUAAAACACCACCCCUCGAUAUGAGGGAGGUUCUGGCUUGGGCCGAUGGAAUCAUCAUACUAGAAUAG